AUGGAGAGAGAUACCUCUCUAGAACAAAGGUCAGCAGUUGGGGCGACACCGACAGCAUCCGGCCCCCGCACUCGUGAAGGGAACUCGGAUCUGUGGUACAAAGUCUACACACCAGAGUUCGACAAAGUGGCCUACGAUCCCCUGGAUCCUCCAAAGCGAUACCACACAGGAAUUUUCGUUGAACGAGACACGGGUUCUCUCCAAGGAGAGCAAUUUCACGUCACCGGCGACAUCAUCGCCAGGAACGGGAUGCGGUUCGAAGUGAAAGAAAAUUACGUUCCUGCAGCAUCCAAGUACUUUCACAGGACUACACAUAUCGGAUGGAUUCAUAAAGAUGAUUAUCCAAAAAUAAGGGGACUUGACUUUUGGAGCAAGGAUCCAGCUAAGCGGAAUAAACUCACUUGGACGAAACAGAAUGGGGACCUUUACGGACCAGGCGAAGAACGACGACCUAUCAUGAAGUGCAAUGAAUGGACACAUGAGCUUGCGAUUCCGAAGUUGCGAAGUGAAGGAGUCUUGCAUAGCUCAAUUUGA